AUGAAAGCCAGAAAGGAAUUGAAGAAAAUCUACGGCUUCAGCGAUCAUGCUUUCUACGAGAUCGAAAUCCGACGAAUGGCAGAUGAGAUUCGCAUUGCGGCUGAGAUUCAACAAACAGCAGACACUCCUAAAUAUAAGUUCGGGGGGAUUGACUUGUCAGCCGAGGCCGAAUGCUUCAACAGAAGAAACCGCAAGCGAACCUUCACUGCUAUCUAUGCUGCCAGCGGUCAGCAGAUGAUUGGUGCUACUUUUGUGAUCGGCUACACGACCUACUUUCUCCAGUUAAUCCAUGUGAAGGAGUACUUCGAUGCCUCGGUAGUCCUUUACAUUGUCAUGCUUCUGUCCAGCAUCUCGGCGUUCCCUCUGACGGAGAUUUUGGGACGCCGAACCCUUAUCGUCUGGCCCCAAUUUGCACUGUGCUUUAUACUUCUGGUCCUAGGGAUUAUGGGAUGCGUUCCAGAUCAAACAAAAGCCAGUUGGGUUAUUAUUGUGCUCAUUUAUUUGUGGGCGAUCAUUUUUCAACUCUCCAUUGGGGCAAACGGUUUCGUUCUGGCAUCGGAGAUUGCUACCAUGCGGCUUCGUGGUGCAACACAAGGUCUAGUCACUAUUUCCAACGCUGUCUGGAGCCUAGUAAUGCAAUUUACGAUCCCUUACAUGAUCAAUCCAGAUGCAGGGAACUUGGGCGGUAAAGUCGGUUUCAUCUUUCUAGGGACGGGGCUUAUUGCUUCAAUUGGAGGGUGGUUCUUAUCUUCAUCUCCUUGGCCGAUGCGCUUCCAGGUAUCAACACCGCGGGUGGUCAAACCGUUGUAUAAAAUCCCGUAACUCGUCAGGUACUUCGUUUCCACCAUAUUUUAACUCUCAGUCUCAAUUCUGCAAUACAUAAUCACCUGUCGUCACUCCUCUCCUCACCCCUUUCCUCCAAUCCUCAUAC